AUGGCCGCAGGUCCUAUUGCGGCCGAACACGAUUGCGUCGCAUCAGCAGCAUCAGUGGCAUCAGCAACAGGUUCCAGCCACCGCCGACUUUCCGAGUACAGACCACCUUGGACAAGUACCCGUACAGAGCAGAAGAUUCGCAUCGAGAGUCUGUCCAAAGACAGGUGCGGCAACCCGGCGAGGGCGAACGAGGGCGAACGAGGUCGAGGAAGGUCCACCCCUCUACUACUCGUAGGCUCCCAGCGUACGGCUACGCAGAACGGAGCAUGGUCUGGUCUCUUCUUCCCGUAUCCAUUCCCCUGGCGUCUGGUCCGUACGAAUGCCCCGUACUGUACACCAGACUCAGACACAGACCCGGGACCCUGGCCGGCACAGGCACGCAAGGCAUGGAUGGUGGAAGGUGUCUGGAAUGGACUGUUCGCCCAUCGAGUCGAUCCAGUGGGCAGAGAGAGCAGACGAGAUGCGCCGAAGCUUGUUAGGUGUCAAUCAUUACCAGAGCAGGCCAUUGAUGCUCCGGCGGUAGGAGAAGUUGGGUCGGAGGGGGUUGAAGCCUGA